AUGAAUAAGACCAAACCACUUUUGCAAUCACCCUUUCCACAUCCCUUUUGGGAGGCGUUCUCGGGGAUCGGUGCUAGAGUAUUGUGCAAAGAUGAAUGGAAGAUUAUUGAACUUUCAAAUCUGAUUCGAGAAAAGACAGAUUGGAAAAUAAAGUAUAAAGACCCAGUUAUCGCUGCCAAGUGGAAAAAGGAGUAUAUUCAACAGAUUGAAGGCAAAACCAAAUAUGCGUCGGAAAUUGUCGAUUUUGUGUUGAAAGAACUUGAAUGGUAUGAAAAAUUGGCGGACAAUGAAGCUGGAUUUGAGUGUGGAUGCAACGAAUCAAUUGCAAUUAGUGACACCGCCAUUUAUAAUUCUAUCAAAGACAGCUUUGUUGAGAAUGCCAAGAAAUUGGAAGAUCUGUUCGAAGGCAAGUUUGACUAUCAUCCAGGUUCAAAUAACCAAGUGAUUGAUUUGGUGCAUCCAUCUUUGUUUCCGCUUCAGUAUGGAACAACACCAAUCAAAAUUGGCUCUGAGUACGCCAUUGCCGAGUACACAGAAGAUAUCAAAAAUGUUAAAAAAGGAGUUGAGUCGUUUGGCGUUUCAGAAAACUUUCAAUGGCUACCCGCCAUAAUGAAGCUUGAAGAUGGAAAGUUUAAAUUUGACUCUUAUAUUAACAAUCUUAACCCAAAGAGGUUUAAACUGCUUUAUGGUGACAUUUCUGACAUUUUUAAUGCUAUAAUCCCCGGCUUGAAUCUCACUUUAUCGAGAUAUGCGUCUGACCAGUACAUUCGGGUUCCAAUUCCUUCAUACACAGAUGCGUAUACCAAGGAGUAUAACGACAAGGUGGCACAAAUAUGGGACGACGAUGACGACGAUAACGAUAUCGAUCUCAGAUAUGAAGCUCUUGAAGCAGAAAAGGCCAACUAUAUCAAGCCUUUUCCUCCAGUUUAUUCUGAAGAACCCAAAACUGUCGAAUUCGACAUAAAACUGUUCCAGAACUUGAAAGUGAUUGUGAAAAUGGCCUCCAUUGAUCUCACUCCAGAAAAUCCUAAGUAUCCUGGAGGUUCGUGGCACGUUGAAGGUACGAUAAACGAGGAUAUCGUGGCCACGGUUUUAUACUACUACGAUGUAGAAAACAUCAGCGAGUCCAGAUUAUUGUUCAGGACCGCAUUUGAAGACCCUGAAUAUGAGCAGGGAGACGCAUUCUACUGUGAACACUUCUUUGGAAUCAAAGACGAACAACCAAUGACCAGAAAUAUGGGCAGCAUCAUUGCCAAAGAGGAUAGAGUGGUGGUGUUCCCCAAUUGUUUCCAGCACCAUGUCGAUGGCUUUGAAUUAGCCGACAAGUCCAAGAAGGGCCAUAGAAAAAUCUUGUGUUUCUUCGUGGUGGACCCUCAUAACCACCUUGUUAAAGCGACCAACGAAAUUCCUCCACAGCAAAAAGAGUGGUGGGACGAGGAAACUGGAGAACUUACAGACGAAAUCAAAGCAGAAAUACUCAAGAUUAAACCAGACUGGCCCCAGAAACUCGAGGACACCAAAGGGGUGCGACUGAAGUUGAUGGCAGAGCGGUCAGCUUCGGUCCAAAUGGCGAUCGAAGAUUGUAUGGGAGCGUUCACGAGAGAGUUUUCGUUAUGUGAGCAUUGA